UCAAUCUAUUCCUAUUGCAUCUCUGCAUCCUUCUCUGUACAACCUCAUCCAUCACAAGAACUCCAACCGCCGCGGCCUAUCCCCUCGUCAGUCUGUCGCUCUCCACCUUAGGAGUAGGCGGCUCAGGCCGGCUCAUGAACGAUACUAUCAGUUCAGUGGACGAAAGCAACAUACCCCUGAUUCUCGAUGUCGGUCAACGCACCGUUGUCAGUUCUCAGAACGCGGUCUUAGGCACGCUACUGAUCCUCACCGGUCUGGUGCAGGUAUUCUUUGGGUUCAAGAUCAUUCGAGUGACUUUGCUCUGGACAGGAUUUCUUUCUUGGGGUAAGAGAAAAAAAAUUGGAAUAGCUGUUUGGUGCUCUUGCUCACCAAGACUAUAAUUACGGUGCAAUACUAUCUUUGGACAAAUGUAACGGAGCACUUUCGUCUUUAUUGAUGCAUCCUUGGUUCUUGUAUAAAAAAUAAAUAGCUGUCGUGGUCAUGCUUCUAAUGACAACCCUCCAAUGGGAGCUAGCCUGGGGUCUCUUCAAACCAGCACACUAUGUUUUUUGGAUGUGGCUUCUCGCCGGGUUUCUCGGGGCGAUCCUCUCCUUUCGUUUCUGGGAUCUUGGCGUAGCAUUUUCGGGCGGCUUUGGAGGAUUCGCGGUUGCGAUGGGAAUCAUUGCCGCCAGCAACUAUUCCAUGGCCAACACCGGACGCUAUGCUCUCCUUGCGGUCUUCAUCAUCCUUGGAGCAGCGAUUGCGACCGUUUAUGAGCGGUUUUCGAUCAUUGCAGGGACGAGUUUUGGCGGCGCGUUCCUGUUCAUGUACGGCGUGGAUGAGUUUGUCCAGGUCGGAUACCGAGAAAUGAUUGUAAUCUUCAACUUUUCAGGAAAAGCUUUGACCUACCAUCCCAACAAGAAAGUGUAUACGAUGAUUGGGUGUUCGUUGGUCCUGGCUUGUAUGGGCAUCGCAUGGGAAUUUUGGCAUCAUGCGAAACCACUUUGGGUGAGUCGCAAGGCGUUGUUCAGGAUCUAUGGACGACCGUUCGGGAAGAGACCCCAUGCAUUGAUCGGGCAAAGACUCUCGCAUAGAGUGCGUCGCGUGACAUGGAUUAAUUACCUGGCCAGCUGCAUGUGCCUUCGGAGGAAAACUGCGGAGGAGAUGCUGUAUGAAUUCGGGGAGGAAGAUACUGUUGAUGAUGACGGCUUUGUCGUGGUUGGAAUGAACCACAGCCGACCCACGCUAGCUCCACUAUCAGCAGGAGGGCAGCAACAGGUCAACGAUGUCGAGAAGCAGUCGUCAGGAGGAUCGGAUACAAUGGUUCCCAGUGACAGUGGAAUAUCAUCCAAACCUGCGUCAAGCCAUGAAGAGGACCUGGAGGAUCAGAGUUCAGGUGUCAUAUCGUUAUCAACACUGGCACCCACUGAGAUUGUUAUCGAGAAGUCUGCUUACCAGGAUAGAGGUAAUGGCGAAACAUUACAUGUUAAAACACAUACCCAAAAGACGGCUCUCCAGACCAGCGAUGGAGGGACCAUAUCGGAGUUGAAAACUACAUCAGAUUAUUCAGAGACAAGGACGGAGCAUGGAAGUACUCUCCAGGAUCAACGCCACCAUGCAGCGACAACUACAAGGACGACAACUACAACCGUAUCUCAAUCUCUGUUCACUUCACAAUCUGACACACAACACCACGAGCCAUCGUCAGUGUCUGCACCAUCCGCGCCAUCCGCACCAUCUGCGCCAUCCGCGUCAACUGCGCAUCCAGCCUUAUUCGGUCUGACCAGACCUGUAAUGAGUAUUGUCACUGAGGGUCAUAAUCACCACUCUGCAAUAUCAUCCGCGGCUACUUCUGCAAGCUACGCGACUUGUCAUGAGGAAGACAUUUCCUCUUGAUUCGAAUUCUGGAUCAAAUAAACCAGUCGUUUCAUUCCUAUUUAGAGCAAAAUAAUUAGACACGCACAAUGUAUAUAAACUAGCGCCUUUUAAGGCGUACCAACCAUC